AGCCACAGUCUCGAGUACCGUGCGGUGCGUGAAAAGCGGGCGAGUCAAGAGUGUGGAGGUGGUUGUGACUACAUGCAUCCAUGUCCCGCACACUCUCGACUCGUGAGUGCGCUCAAAACCACCAUACCAAAUGAUUCGCGACCUUUGUCCCUGUAGCGCACCAUCAUCGUCUCGCUUUUGGCCCAGAAUCGAGCCUGCAUCACAUAGAAGAUUCUGAAGCUGCUAGGGCUUGCUUUCAAUUUGAAGGACCGCAGGGGUGUGUGGAUCGACUCGCAUAUAGUCAAGGAGAACAAGAAGCGCUUUGCCAACAUGUCGACGAGGACUGGAAUUGCCUCUUCGAUCAUUGCCUCUUUGCUGCGCUUCUCGACCUGCGAGGUGUCGGACGCGCUGAUCAAGCUGAAACAUCCUACCGGCGGACUUUUACCUGGCUUGGACAUGUUCUCUCCAUCGCACUUGUCGGGCGAGACGCGCAUUUGUGGACCUGCUUUUACCGUUCAGAUGGUGGAGGGAUCUGACAAAGAUGCACCAAAGCCUGAACAGCAUUUCGUAGAUGCGGCGGAAAAGGAUAGCGUCAUGGUCAUCAGUGCGCCUCCUGAAGUUCGAUCGGCGGUAUGGGGAGGACUCAUGUCCGCUAGAGCUCAAGCUAGGGGAGUCAAAGGAAUCGUGAUUGAUGGAAGGUGUAGAGAUCUCAGCGAGCAUAGAGAAGCGGGAUUUGCUGUGUUUGCACGCGGACAUUCCACGCUUGGUCAAUCGCCGUUCACGCGUCCCUCGCUGCUCCAAUCUCCAAUCACGAUCACAGAUCCAACAUUGCCCAGCACCUCUCCAUUCCAUCAACUAGUCGUCCACCCGGACGAUUUGGUGCUGGCGGAUCUGGACGGGGUGGUCGUCGUGCCCCCUACGUUGGUGGAGCAGGUAUUGGAACUGGCGCAGAAGGGAAGAGAGGUGGAUGAAAAGUGCAUGAGCGAUCUGAAGGAGGGCAAAGGCGUCAAGGAGACUUUUGCAAAGUGGAGAGGAAAGUGAUGAGGGGAAAGAGCAGGGCAGGGAUCGCGCAGAGGGGCAAGGACGAGAGCGAGGGCAAGAGCUGAUCAGUAUUGAGGUGCAAGGUGCAGAAAGUUGCCCGAGGACGCAUGCAGAGGGGGACUGUACGAUUCUCAGAUUGAUUUUGGUGAGGUUGUCAAGACGACGCAUGGCCGCUUUGAUUCAUCUGGCUCGAUAGAGUUCGACGGGAAGGCAAUACUUUGCACCGCCCACGUACGUCGCAGCAACACUCGUAUUUCGUGCUUUUGAUCCCCAUCCCCCCAUCCCCUAUCCCCACAUUCCCACAACGGUUCAUAGACGUUGCGCUAAUGUGAAUUGACCGAAGGGCUGAAUAUCACGCGGCGCUAGACCUAGACGCUUUCCGAUUGAUUUCGCAGUUCGUCUGCGCUUGUAAGAUCCGUGCACGGUCGCACAACGGCACCACAUAUUACCAUUCUCGUU